GCAGGCGCAGAGCGGGCGGCGGCGACUGCGGGAGCAGCACCGGGAGUUGUACCGGGAACUGCAUCGGGAAUUGCAUCGGGAGCUGUAGCCAUGCCGGGGCUGCUGCUGGGGGAUGAGGCGCCCAACUUCGAGGCGGACACCACGCAGGGUCGCAUCCGCUUCCACGACUUCCUGGGAGACUCGUGGGGCAUCCUGUUCUCCCACCCGCGGGACUUCACCCCGGUGUGCACCACGGAGCUGGGCCGGGCGGCCAAGCUGGCAGCCGAGUUCAGCAAGCGCAACGUGAAGAUGAUCGCACUCUCCAUCGACAGCGUGCAGGACCACCUCUCCUGGUGCAAGGACAUCAAUGCCUACAACGGGGAGCAGCCUGCAGAGAAGCUGCCUUUCCCCAUCAUCGCUGACAAGAACCGGGAGCUGGCUGUGCAGCUGGGCAUGCUGGACCCGGACGAGCAGGACAAGGACGGCAUGCCCCUGACGGCUCGUGUGGUGUUCGUUUUUGGCCCUGACAAGAAGCUGAAGCUCUCUAUCCUGUACCCAGCCACCACUGGGAGAAACUUUGAUGAGAUCCUGAGAGUGGUGGACUCCCUGCAGCUCACAGCAUACAAGAAGGUCGCUACCCCUGUGGACUGGAAGCCCGGUGACAGCGUCAUGGUGGUGCCCACCUUAGCCGACGAGGAGGCCAAGAAGCUCUUCCCCAAAGGGGUCUUCACCAAGGAGCUGCCCUCGGGCAAGAAGUACCUGCGCUACACCCCGCAGCCAGAGUGAGGGCUGGCUGCCUGGCUGUCUGUCUGUCUGUCCUGCUGGGAUGCCAGAGCCUUCCUGAGCCCAGCUCCUGCCCCUCUGACACCGCAUCACCCACGGCCUCGUCCUGGCACUCUGCUGCUGCAUGGCAGCACUGAACCAGCUCAGCACCAGUCCAGAACCAACCCUCCUGAAUCAGCCCAGAGCCAGCCCAGAACCAGCUCAGAACCAUCCCUGAACCAGCUCAGAACCAGCCCAGAACCAGCUCAGAAUCAGCCCUGAACCAGCUCAGCACCAGCCCAGAACCAGCCUCCUGUCCCUCCAUUUCUAUCCCCCCAAAACCAACCCCUGGGUGUUCUCCUGCCCUAUACCAGCCCUCCUGAACCAGCCCUCCUGUCCCUCCAUCCCAUCCCCUCUGACCCUGGGUGUUCUCCUGCCUCAGCCCAGCCCAGAACCAGCCCUCCUUUCCCUGCAUUUCUAUCCCCCCGAAACCAACCCCUGGGUGUUCUCCUGCCCUGUACCAGCCCUCCUGUCCCUACACCCCAUCCCUCAGAACCAACCCCUGGGUGUUCUCCUGCCCUGUACCAGCCCUCCUGUCCCUGACCCCAUCCCUCAGAACCAAGCCCUGGGUGUUUCCCUGCCUCAGCCCAGCCCUGCCUGGUCCCCAGAUGGCACUGCAGGGCUCCUGCUGUGCUGCUGCCCCCCCCCGUUUGGUGCCAGCCCCGAGGUGUGCUGAGGAGGGGUGUCCUGCUGGGCCAGGAGCUCUGGGGGCUCCAAGCUGCUGUGUGCCUUUCAGAGCAGCCAUCUAACCUGUGCUCCACGAGUAGGGGAGGAGCUGCAGAGCUAAACCUCUCACCUCUUAAUGCUUUCUUGUCUCUUGCUGGAAGGUGAUGGUUUCCAGGUUUUGUGGGAGAGGGAAUUAAGCAAAUAAACUGACCUUCAGUACUA